GUUUGGGUAGGAGAUCUUAGCUCCGAUGUGGACGAUUACAGCUUGUAUCGGGUGUUUUCCGCCAAGUAUACGUCAAUUAAAACAGCAAAGGUCAUUUUGGAUAGUUCAGGAUUUUCCAAAGGCUAUGGCUUUGUUAAAUUUGGCUUAGAAGACGAGCAGAAAAAUGCGUUGUACGAAAUGAAUGGUUUUAUCGGUUUAGGUAGUAAACCGUUAAAAAUUUGCAAUGCUGUCCCUAAACCGAAAUCAGAACUGAUGGGAAUAACAGGAACGGGGACAACUCCCCCGACCAGCACACCCAGUUUAGUUGGAUAUGGAACUGGCACCGACUAUUCCCAAUACUAUGAUCCAUCGUCCUACUGGCAAAAUUACAACGCUUGGCAAGGAUACUAUGAUGCCUCCGCCUCAACAGAUGCUUAUUCCGCUUACCAGAUGCCAACAGCCGCCGCGCAAGCGGCAGUCGAUGCUACGGCGGCUUAUGCACAACAGCAAGCAUACGAACAACAUCAGCAUCAUCACCAUCAUGCGCAGGUCGAGGACGAAGAGCUGACAUUGGUGGAUCACAAAUUUACACUGGAUGUGGAUAAGCUGAACCGUGAAAUGAUGGAACGUGAUCGCAAUCUUUACGAUGCACUAGAGAGCUCUAAGUGGAUGCCUGUGGAGCAGUUGGAAAUAUUUUAAUUUUUUAAACUUUAAAUUAUAACUUUUGGCUUAGAUUGUCAAUUCAAUCAAGGUAUACAGCAGGUUCACAUUAACAAAUACA